CGCAGCUCCUCCUCAGCCUGCCUGUUAUUGUUUACGGUCGCACUCAUGAAAAGUAGGUCAUGGAAAACAGAAGCCCGGCGCGCUGUCUUGUCUGAACUAGCUUGUAAUACGAGACACUCAAGGGGCGACGUCUUUGCGGGUUUAGCGGUUUUUAUGUAGAAACUGAAUGUGACCAACAGUCAGCAGCUGGACUGAUGCUGUUCUUCCAACAUCUGGACUAAACCUCAGCAGACUGGCAGGUUCUUCCUACAGUGAGACUCUGCUGCCAUGUCCAGGAGAAGCAGGAACAGUCGUGCAUGGAGAUAUGUGUGGGGAGGCAUACGGAGGGAUGCUGAUGCCCGGGCCCUUGUGUUGGCUUCUGAGAGUGAAGAAUGGAACUAUGAUCGCCUUGAGUACGCAAGUGAUUCAGACUCUGAGGGAGACUUUUCAGCAGUGAUGGUCCCACCGGUCCCCAGCGCAGUACCCGUCACCGGAGAGUCCUACUGUGGUUGUGAUUCCCAGGCAGAGACCAGCUACAACCCUCGUCUGCGAGGCUUUCUCCAGGUUAAAGACUGCCACUGUGGAGAGGAUGACCAAGAUUUUGAUUGGGUUUGGGAUGCCAACAGCCGAUCAACGGCAACAUUACUGAGCUGCGAAAAUCGCAAAGUGAACUUCCACUCUGAAUACAGCUGUGGUACAGCUGCAAUCCGCGGCUCCAAGGAGCUUGCAGACGGGCAGCACUUCUGGGAAAUUAAGAUGACGUCCCCAGUGUAUGGAACAGACAUGAUGGUUGGUAUCGGUACAUCUGAUGUCAAUCUGGACAAAUACAGACAUACCUUCUGCAGCCUGCUGGGAAAAGAUGCAGACAGCUGGGGGCUUUCUUACACUGGGUUGUUGCAUCAUAAAGGAGACAAAAUGAACUUCUCCUCACGUUUUGGUCAAGGUUCCAUCAUUGGAGUUCAUUUGGACACGUGGCACGGCACACUUACAUUCUUCAAAAAUCGAAAGUGCAUAGGAGUUGCUGCUACAGAGCUGCAGAAUAAGAAGUUUUAUCCAAUGGCGUGCUCCACAGCGGCAAAGAGCAGCAUGAAGGUCAUCAGAUCCUGCUCUGCACCCACCUCCCUGCUGUACCUGUGCUGUGCUCGUCUUCGCCAGCUGGUGCCAGACUGUAUAGACAUCCUAGAUGUGUUGCCCCUACCACCUGGCCUGCGUCAUUUGCUCCACAACAAACUGGGUUGGGUGCUCAGUCUUAACUGCGGCACAAUGGAAGAAACCCCAGAUGGGGCUGAGCAGUCCUCACGUUUGCCUGUCCCCGCCUUGGCAGGACCGUCCUCCUCUGAGAGCGACUCAGAGGGUUGUUCGUCCGAUCCGGAGGCCUGUCAGAGGAAGAGAUGCCGCUGGACAUGACUGGGCGACUCGCAUCCUACCUCCCUGGCAGACAUUAGUGUCCUUUGGCAUCUGAUGUAGUGUUACUGAACUGCCUCAAGCUUUCUUUAUUAGUGUCGUCUGGAGAAAGUAACGAGGGCGCUCGAGCGGAGGGAACUAAACGUCGGUGGAAAACUGUGAUCUUCUCUCAUGCCAUUCUUCAUGCUCAUCACAUGUCGAGUAUUAAAGCCAGCUUCAGUAAAAGGUGAAAAUAUACCAUGUUAUUUUGUUAUGGGUGGAUGUGGUGGUCAUCAAUAUGGGGAGGGUUAAAAAAAACAGAUACUGUAUAGAAAUUUUCUGUAUUUUCAUCCCGUAUUCUGCAUUUAAUGUCUGUUUUUCUCAUUUUAAAUGUUGUCAGUGAGUUAUCAGAGGACUUUGUUACUUGUUUCAAUGGCAUCUGCAAGUUUCUCCUAUGUUGCUCAGAAUCAGCUGAUAUUCUAUAUUUUGUAACUACUGUUCGCUUCUUAAAUGCUAAAAGUUAACAGUAAAUGAACCUGAGUGCA